AUGGCUGUUAAAGUUCCCUCUGUUGUCAUUGACAAUGGAUCGUAUACAUGUAAAGUUGGUUUGGGAUGUGAUGAUGAACCAAGAAUUGCCAUUUCUUCAGAUCCCAGAGAUCAGAGUGAAAUUAUUGGAAAUGAACUCAAAGACUAUAACGUUAAAAUUAAAUCUGGAUACAGUACAAGUGUUCUUAAUUUCAAGCAUCCUAUUGAACGUGGUAUUAUUACCAACUCGGAUGAGAUGGAGAAGAUUUGGCUGCAUGCAUUCAAAGAGUUGAAAGUUGCACCUGCGGAAAGUUCUGUCUUGUUGACUGAGGCUGUUUUUAACUCCAAGGACAACAGAGAAAAGAUGGCCGAAAUUGUGUUUGAAAAGUUUAACACUCACGCAUUAUGCAUUGCUGAUCAGGCUUUACUGUCCCUCUUUGCUUCUGGUCGUAUCACAGGUAUGUCUGUGAAUGUCGGUCAUGGCAUCACCCAAAUUGUUCCUGUCUCUAGAGGGUCAAUUAUACGAGACGCUGCUGUCCAGUGGGAGUUUGGUGGUCAGGACAUGACAGAUUACCUUACGAGGAUGUUGAUUCAAUGUGGCUAUUCCUUUGACAGUCAUUCUCAAACGGAAACUGUCUGUAACAUCAAAGAGAAGUGCUGUUAUGUUGCUCCAGACUUUGAACAGGAAUUGCAGACUACAGCCUCUGAGAAAUAUAAAUUACCUGACAAACAAGUCAUUAGCAUUGGCAAUGAAUGA